AACCAACCAGGUGGCGUUACUUGGAUCUGCAGCAUGGUUCGAUUGCCAAGAGUUGUGCGAUCUUCCUUUUAGAUCUACUCAAUGGUACUUGAAUGGUCAACUUCUAGCCCACUUGGAUAGUAAAUCUAGAUUUGCAGUUUCAAUAAACGAACGAGGACUUUCCAUUACAAAACUAAAGUUAGAAGAUGCUGGUCAGUAUACAUGCAAGGUGUCCAGCGACAGGACUACUUACGAACGUCAUGGACAUCUGGAUGUCAUCGAUCCAAGCAACCAAUUUUCAGCAAUUUCUCAAUGUUCAUCUGAUUGUGGGAAAAGUUGUGCUAGAAAGCCAUUUGUUGCUGGAGGCGACACGACUAGUCCUGGUGAAUUCCCAUGGCAAGCAAUGCUCUGUUCUCCUCGGUUGGGACAACAUUGUGGAGGAGUUCUCAUUUCAGAGAGAUGUGUGCUAACAGCAGCACAUUGCUUAAAGUAUCAGAGCACUAAUAGAAAGACUAUCACAGUUUGCUUGGGCAAACAUUGUGGCAAUUGCUCCGAAUCUGAUUCUUUAUCCAAUUCCGUUUGUUUCAAUUCUUCGUCGAUAAUCAUACAUCCAAAUUUUAAUCAAACUUCUUUCGAUCAUGACAUCGCAGUUUUGAAACUUGCUCGCCCGGUUAAUUGCAAUUGUCGAGCGAUCAUGCCAGUGUGUCUACCAGACAAGGCAAGAGAUUCGUCAUACAUCCGAGCUCAACAAAACGGCAUCGUCACUGGAUGGGGUCGCGUCAAUUCGACAGUCAGUAGAUCUAGAUGUUUACGUAAAGGCGACGUCAGGUUAAAAUCUCGCCGUCUUUGUCAAAUAAAGCAUCAAGGUUACCAAAUAACUGAACACAUGCUGUGUGCUACUGAUUACAACGGUGCCUGUGAAGGAGACAGUGGCGGACCUCUGGUGGUAAAGAACAGAAAGUUUAGAGGUCGCUAUGUGUUGGCAGGAGUUGUGAGUUGGGGAAUCGGUUGUGGCGAAAAGACAAAGUUUGGAGUCUACACAGAUGUGAUCAGUCAUCUUGACUGGAUCAAGUCUACUUGUGGCAUCAACUGAUAUAUUGCAGUGUAUAGAGAUUUUCUCCAUACCAAGGAAGACAAAGACAUUUUGAUAUUUCUUUCCGCUUGUUGCACGUUUGCAUUCGACUGUUUAGACGUAGAAAAUGUUACUGAAUCGUCAAAACAAGAAUAUAGCAAAGUAUUCGCAAAGCA